GGGGUUGUUAUUAAUUCCUUACGUUCUCAGCGCCACUGUUUAGACCACAUCAAGCAGGAAGUGAUGGCUGAAAUCUGAGUGCGUGUUCUUUCCAGGGUGCGGCUGCUCCUGAGUGUAGGGUAAUUACGGUACCGGGCAUGCGCAGUGCUUUCAGGCAUCAUUAAGCAGUGUUGAAGGAGGCGAGAAGGAAAACAGUGGCAGGGAAAGAGAAGGCAGAAGUUGGAUGGCGCUUUCCUUUGUCGCCGCGUCUCUGUGUUCACGAACAACGACCAAGCUCAUCCGUGAACCGUGAAAUCCUUCCGUCUGUCGCCGUUGCGCGAGUCCCUCCUUCGGAUUUCAUCUCACAAACCGUCCGCUCCCGUCCCGAAGCCCUGGCCACGAUGAUGGAGGAGUCGGUGACCACAUUUGAGACGCAUUUGACGGCUGUCAUGGAUAGUCUAAUCCGAGCCUCCGUCUGUGAGAUCACCAAACUUUUCCAGGAGACGGUGAACGACUACCUGGUGGAGCUGUCCCUCAACAGGAAGGAGAACGAGGCUCUCAAACUGCGGCUGAGGCUCACCGAGAACAAGCUGAGAACCGAGCGCAAGUACGGCAUGGGCUGGGCCGCCAACCGCCGCAACGCCGGGCUGGCUGCGGCGGAGGAAGGAGCCGGAGGGCGGCAGAAGCGAAAAGUUGAGGUGGCCCGAGGCAAGUCAAAGAAGGCAGCAGCCUAUGGCAAAGGCUGGCCUGGAGGUGUGUGGGAGGAAGGAGGAGGUGGCAGUGGUGGCAGCGGCAGUGGCGGUGGUGGUGGUGGUGGGGGAGGAGGAGGAAGUGGAGGAGCUGUGGGGAUGGUAGCAGGAGCAGGAGGAACAGGGGGAAAGGAGGCCAGGGAGAUGUACCUCAUCCAGUUCCCCGGGGAUGAAGAGGAUGAGGGAGGGAUGGUGGAGGACGAGGAAGGGGAGGGCAGCCUCAGCGGUGAGGGGGAGGAGACGGCCAACAUCAAAGAGGAGUUUGCUCAAACAGAGGGCUAUCAACCCGCCUCUCUCCGGCUAAUCAAGGAGGCUUUGAAGAUGGACUCGCCCAACCAGAACCUCCACACUGGCUCCAGAGCCCAGAGCGAAGGAGAACUGUCAGAUCGUCCCCCGAUGCUUCAUUCAGGAGAGAGAGAGGAGGACUGGGAGGUGGGCUCAGCAGAGCCAUCAGAGGGUGGCAUGACCAUGGAUGAGCUGAGGGGUCUGGAGUCUGCACUGAGGGCUGAGAGAGGCCGCGAGCAGGCUGCCAUGAAGGCUACCCAGCCUGUCAGCCGUGACUCAGAGGUGGUGCGAGGCAGCGAUAUCAGCUUGGCCCCCAAGUACAUAGGUCUUGAUGGUAUGGAGCAGGACGGAGAGCUGGAGCCUCAGCCGCCCACCCUGCAGAGAGAGGACCAUAUAGGGCAAGGCAGGGUGAAGGACAGUGAGAGGGCUGGAGUAGUUGGGGUGGCGGAGCUGAGGUUAGGCUGGUCAAAGAAGUUGAGAGAGGGCGAGUCGGGCACACUUAUGACUGGAGAGGAUGUGGUGGAGCAGGGAGAGUCCGACCACCUGCCCCACUUGUCUGCUCCUGGGAGUGUCGGGGAAAGCGGAGGGGAAGAGGAGGGUGGCGGGGACUUGCUCCAUUUCUGCCCACAGUGUGGAGGAGGAUUCACCUCAGAGGCUGAGCUGGAGGAGCACCCAUGUCCACUAGGAGGCGCCCAUUUACAGAGCAGCGGAGCAGAGGACAGUCUUUUCCCUUGUGCCCACUGUGGCAACACGUUCAGCCACGCCUGGGCUCUUAAGAACCAUGAGUGUGCCUGCGCCGCAGAGCGGCCGCACUGCUGCGAGAUCUGCGGGAAGCGCUUCACACACUCGCGCUCGCUGGAACGGCAUCAUCUAGUGCACACCGGCGAGAGGCCGCAUCGGUGCCCGCAGUGUGGACGCAGCUUCAGUCGUCUCGGCAACUUGGAACGGCACCAGCGGAUCCACACAGGUGAGCGUCCAUACGGGUGUGAAGCGUGUGGAAAACGCUUCAGUCGCGUGGAAUAUUUAAAGAGACACCAACUCAUACACAACAGUGAAAAGGCAACACUCCAGUGCUCCAACUGUGGAAGAGGCUUUAGUGAUGUGGAGCAACUGAAAAACCACCAGUGUUUUUAGAGCCUCUCCUUCAAAUCUCUGACAGAACUGGAAAGAAGAGAGAGCUGUUUUUUUUUAUUGAAUGUGGUAGAAUUUUGGUGAUGAAUGUGACUGCUACAUGCUAAUUUUAUUCUCAGUGAUUUGGAAAUGCCUUUCUUACUCGGAGAGGAUGAGAUGUUAAAUUGACUUGAAGGUAAAGAAGCAGAUACGUGUGUGGAUGAUUUUUGUUGAGUAAAUAAAGAAGGCAAAUGGUUAAAGUUGAGAGGAAGACAAUUGUGUUCGGUGUGUCUCUGUAGGAGGAGAAAUAAAACUAAUCUCAGAUGUCCAGCCAUUUUAAUUGGAGGUGUUCUCAUUUGUAUGUAAAAAGCUUGUACUUAUUUAUGAUGAUGAAUUAAUUGAAUGAAUAAAUUUUUUAUCUUUUUAUCACUAAUUCACUCAUGUUACAUCUGUGCUAAGUCCUUGUGUUUCUCUGACAAUAUAACUGACCACUUGGUGUUUUGUAUGUUUGUGUUU